AUGAACGUUCCCUCCGUCGAUGGCUCAUCCGGUGAUGGCCGAGUGGGAUCCGCCCGGGACAACUCCACGGGCGGAACCCUCAGCAAACUCCAGAUUGACGGCUCUGACUCGUCAUCGUUGAUGUCGCUUGUCAGCACUCUCGUGCCCGUUCUCAUCUACGCUGUCGUCUGUUUCCUCGUCUUCUGGAUUCUGCGACGCAGAAGUCAUCGCGUCUACUCCCCGCGGACCAUUCUAAGGAGUCUCUUCUCGCAUGAACAAAGCAUACCCCUGCCCAAGGGUUGGUUGGACUGGGUCAAACCCUUCUGGAGGGAACCCGACACCGCCAUCCUGAAUCGAUCAACGCUGGAUGCGUUCCUGUUCCUGCGCUACCUCAAGGUUCUCGCUUUGAUAUGCUUCGUUGGCUGCUGCAUCACAUGGCCAACGUUGAUGUCCAUUCAUGCCAGCGGAGGUGGUGGUCUCACGCAGCUGGAUCGCAUCACAAUCGGUAACAUCAAAAACUCGCACAUAUUCUUCGCACAUGCUAUCAUCGCAUGGAUCUUCUUCGGUCAGUUGCAAGACGCUACUAAGUGCGAUCGUAUCCUAACACCUGCACCAGGAUUUAUUCUAUUUACCAUCUAUCGCGAGUGCAUAUACUACAUCAACCUCCGUCAUGCCUAUCUAUUAUCACCAUACUAUUCCAAAAGGCUGUCAUCCAGGACAGUCUUGUUCAGCUGCGUGCCCCCGAAGUACAUGGACGCUGCUCGCCUUCGAAAAGUCUUUGGCGACACUGUCAAGAAUGUCUGGAUUCCUCGAGAUACCAGCGACCUGGAGAGACUUGUCAAGGAGCGGGACGAAACGGCUGCACGGUUGGAAAAGGCAGAGAUCCGCCUGAUCAAGAUGGCGAACCAGCGUCGCAACAAACAACUGAAAGCUGCAGGGGUCACAGCUCCUGAGACCGUGUCAAGUCCGACUUCGAGUUCCCGAUCGGAAGAAUCUGCCGAUGCCGAGAAGGGCUACCCGUACCACGAGAAUACUGUCUUGCCAGAUGUGAAUGGCUCAGUUGCGGCACAAUGGAUCGGCGCUGACGAGCGUCCCUACCACCGACCGUUGGCAAACUUCUUCCGUCGCGUCGAUACCAUUAAGUGGACUCGGAACCGCAUCAAGGCUUUGACGAAGCAGAUCAACAAGCUUCGUCGCGGGUUCCUCAAAGGCGAAGGUCGACGACUGCCUGCCGCCUUCGUCGAGUUCUCUUCCCAAGCUGACGCCGAACGUGCCUGCCAGACUCUCGCACAUAAUCGACCACUGCACAUGUCACCACGUCAUAUCGGCAUGAAGCCCGACGAGAUUGUUUGGAGCUCACUGAGGAUGCAGUGGUUCGAGCGCAUCGUUCGAGGGUUCCUGAUGCGAACAGCCAUCGCUACCGCUAUCAUAUUCUGGUCCGUUCCUUCAGCGUUCGUCGGUGUGAUCUCGAAUAUCAAGUUCCUCGCCGAAACUUUCCCGUUUUUAUCAUGGAUUGUACAAUUGCCCGAUGCAGUCACCGGCAUCAUCAGCGGUCUCCUGCCUGCCUUGGCGCUGUCUUUCCUCAUGGCGAUUGUCCCAUGGAUCCUGAGAGGAUGCGCUAGACUCGCUGGAGUUCCAUCUCUAUCACUGAUCGAGCUCUUCGUUCAACAUGCCUACUUCGCCUUUCAAGUCGUGCAGGUGUUCCUCGUCACGACGCUUACAUCGGCGGCUUCGGCUGCAUUCACUCAAGUUCUCAAGGAUCCCCUCUCAGCCAAGGACCUUCUUGCCGAGAACCUACCAAAAGCCUCCAACUUUUACAUCUCAUACAUCCUCAUCCAAUGCUUGGCGGUGGGAGCUGCCUCUCUCGUCAGGGCUUUUGACGUUGUCCGCCAUCAUCUUCUUGCCAAAAGCUUCGACAACCCUCGUGGUCUCUUCAGGAUAUGGCACAGAGAUCGCCCAAUCCACUGGGGAGCAGUUUUCCCCGUCUUCACGAAUAUGGGUGUCAUUGCUAUCAGUUAUUCCUGUAUCGCACCCGUCGUCCUGGGCUUUGCGACUGCUGGAUUUUCCUGCAUUUACCUUGUUUACAAGUACAACCUAAUGUACGUCAGCAAUGCGUCCAUUGACACGCGAGGCUUGGUCUACCCUCGCGCGCUCAUGCACUUGCUGGUUGGCCUGUAUCUGGCCACGAUAUGCCUCGUCGGUCUGUUUGUUUUGCGCGAGGCAUAUAUACCCAUGGUACUCAUGGUCGCCUUCCUCGUCUUCACCGCGCUAGUGCACAUCUCCCUCCGCGAGGCCGUAUCGCCAUUGCUGUAUAACAUUCCGCGGGCGCUGGCACUUGAGAUGGAAGAGCUCGACGGUGGACCUAUGACCCAGUACCCUCAAGACGACUUCCUCACGGAUGCGGACAUCAACAUGUCGUACCCGGACUUCCUGGACCCCAUCGACGAAAGCGAAGGACCUGCACAUGAAACCCACGGUACCCGUGGUGUAGAAGGCGCCAGCGGACUGAUGGUGUCCGUCACUGACUGGUCCAGCGGCCAGAUUCUCAAAAAGGCUCAAGAAGCCGCCAAUAAUUGGGGCCUAGCGCGUCCUCUUGGAUAUCUUACCUACUGGAUCGCACCAGACCCGUCCAUAAAGCCCAACUUCCUCCUCCAUUGGUUACAUCCUGGUGUGUUCGACGACUUUGCGACCCUUCGUCGUCUGAUUCCCAAUGAUCUCCCAGACCCAACAGCGACUUAUCCUCCGGACUACGCUCGCCGUGCAUACUGGCCACCGGAAAUGGCGUCUCCGCCUCCGGUGUUGUGGAUCCCACGGGACCCAGCGGGAGUCAGCCGGCAAGAAGUGGAGCAUUGCCGGAAGGUUGUGGGGUGCUCGGACGAGGGUGCCGACCUCAAUGAUAAGUGUAGGAUAGAAGUCGAUUUGCAGAAGGCUCCUUUUUGGGUGCCGCGAGUGUUAUACUAG